CUAAGAACAGCUGUAGGCGGCUUCUUUCAGGCGGAGUCCGACGACGUAUCCAAAAACUAUGCCCAAUUAAGAGAUGGAUGCGAAAUUCUUUAAACUGCUGCUCCUUGGCGGCGCCGUGCGCUUCUAUUUCUGCCGCACGCCGCUGGCCGCGAUGAUUGGCAACCGAGUGGAGUUCGCGACGCCGUUAAAUUCACACAAGCGCAUGCAAGAGGGGAUCUUUCUGCUCCAGAGCGGCAUUGAUCCCUACCAAGGCGAUCUGGUCCAUGAGUCGCCUUUGAUUCUCAGCGCCCUUUCCGGCUUGUUCCAAAAUUACCCACAGUUCUUGCCCGUAUUCUAUAUAAUCUUGGAUGUUUUUACGGCGGCCCUGCUUUAUACGAUGGCUCGGCGUUUUGUAAAGCAAAAGGAGGAUCAGCAGAAUGUGGAGCGAAAGGAAUAUGCAAAGGAUACGGAGGAGCUGCAGUUUAGCGACCUGGACAAGCUCGACAUUCCGGAACUGGUGAUUGUGGCGUAUCUUUUUAAUCCACUCACCGUGAUGAGCUGCAUCGGCAUGACCUCGACGGUGAUAAGCAAUCUGUUCCUGGCUUUCUUUCUCUACUGCCUUGUGAAAGGACUGCUUCUUCCCUGUCUUCUGGUCCUGGCCUUUGAGACCGUCCGCAGCUUCUAUCCCAUCGUGCUGAUAGCUCCACUUCUCCUGGUUUUUUCACGGAAUUCUAUACGGAGGGGUGUGGUCAUAUCGCUGCUUUUUAUAGUCUGUUGCCUGGCAGUCGCGGUCGCCAACUUUUUUGUUCUAAAAAGCUGGAACUUCCUAGAUGGCACUCUGGGAUUUAUAUUCUAUUUCCGCGAUCUACAGCCAAAUAUUGGUUUGUUCUGGUAUUUUUUCACCGAAAUGUUCGAGCACUUCCGAACCAUGUUCCUGAUCACAUUCCAAUUGAAUGCCACAGUAUUAUACCUGGUGCCACUCAGUAUCAAGCUGCGCAAAGAACCACUUUUGCUAGCCACCGUUCUUGUGGCUCUUAUGGCUGUUUUUAGAGCUUAUCCCAGCCUGGGCGAUGUGGGCUUCUAUUUGGCCUUGCUUCCUCUGUGGAAAAGAUGCUGGAAAUUCAUGGCCCAUGGUUUUGUGGUCUUCACAUUCUUCUUGGUAACGCUAUCCAUGAUGGGAGCUUUGUGGCAUUUGUGGAUCUACGCAGGAUCGGCGAAUGCGAACUUUUAUUUUGGCGCCACACUGGCGUUUUCCACCGGUCAGAUAUUCCUCAUCACCGAUUUGCUGUUUGCUCACGUUAAGCGCGAUUUUUGUCUGUUCAACGGCCAGAAGAUUCUGAUCGAUGGCGAGGAAGCGAGGAUAGUCCUGAAGUAAGCAUUAACAAUAUCAGAUCAAAAGGAAGUAGAAUCCAGGAACUUUGUACAGAUGCAGCCAGGCAUACUCUUAAGAUAAGUGAACUUUAAACAAUAUCAAAUUAAAACAAAACAUUUUAUUUGA